CCGCGAUUUGGUGUGCUGGUUGACCCGAACCAUCAGAAAGUAUGCACCGGAAAUCGACGAAACCGUAUCGUCGGUGGAUGAUCUGCACAGUUUCGCUAUGGAGAUAUCAUCGUUUCUGAAGGAAUUAUGCUGCCCCUAUCAUCGGCUAUUGGACGGGCCCGUUAGUGCUCGGUAUCUCUCGGAGGAGGAUUCUUCGUUGCUGGUGGAGUUUUUGACGGGCGAAUGCAUUACCGGAGUGAUAAACCAGCAGAAACGAAACGAAGAGCUGAAGCAGCAAAUCGGUUUGAUUCAGCAUCCUGGAACCCCAUCAAAUGCAGUGAUGCAGAUAUUUCAAAUGUUGGAUCUUGAUGUUAACUGUAAGAAUGAAGCUGAAACAUUCAAUCAAAUUAUCCUCGGACUAGAUGAACUUUUUGCAAACGAUCACCCAGAGUUGAAUCUUUUGUUUCAUCCUAACGCCAAACUAAAUGACAAUCAAUGGACCCAGCUGGAUCAGUUUCAUACAGAACUGCAGGCGGAAUACAACCUUCGAAGGCAGAUGAUGAUGACCCGGUUGGACGUGACAAUGUUGGGAUUCCAGUGGAAGGGGGAUACUAAACUGGAUGUGGCUCAAGCUUGGCGACAGAAAAGACGUAACCUGGACGCCCUGAUGACAAACUUGAAUCGAAGGGACAUUUCGGAUUUAUUGGUUGCGAAGCAGGAUCUGCUGACGAUUGAAAAGGUGGCUUCCACGAGGAUACAGGGAAGCAAGAAGAACGUUUUCCAGGGAAAUUUGAAGCUACCCAAUCGAGGGGGCGUCGUGAGUAUCCACGCCAAACCUUACAUGCCCGGCUGGUCAUCACGAGAGGAAGGCCUACCGUGUGAGAAUCUGAACAGAAAGCAAUGGAAAGUGUCCAAACAGGAACCAAACAAGCAUCAACCGAAAAUAGGAAAGAAAGCCAAAAGGAAGCUACGCAGGGACAGUGGUGAUAUAAAUGAGGACGAUUGAGAACUGGACUGUGGUUGAGCAGUGUACUUUCAAUACCUCCUUUUGAAUAAAAAUAAAUCAAUAAAGAAUACUUACAAAAAUUUA